ACUCAAACACAAAUUCUUAAUUCCAUUAAUCAUAUCUGUUCUCUGCUUUUUCUGUAUUUCCUUUCUUCUACUCUCGUAUUCUCCAACUUUCGUAUCACCAUCAUAUACUGCACAAUCCAAAACACCCCAAAAGACUCCACUCUACCAAAAUCCCAAACCCUGUUUCUUCCUUAAAUUGCUCUACUUCAUAUUGUUCUCAAUACCAGUUCUUCUGUUUGUCUCUAGCCAAUUACCAAAGUAAUGAUCUUUAAGCUUGUUGUUCUUAAAGACCCAAGAACCUUUAAGCCCAAUUCUAUCCCAGUUCCAAGUUUUCUGAUUCUGGGUUCCAAUUCUCCACAGAUGGGUUUUGAUCCUUAUUGAUUGAAAGUUACUGUUCUUCAGCUGCAACUCUAUCAUGUGCAAGUUACAGAAUCUGCAAAUGUUUCUGCUUAAAUACAAGUUCAUGCAAUUUGAGCUUUAAUACAUGCUUCCAUGUCAAUCUUCUGUGGGAUUCCCAUCCUUGAGUCUGUAUACUGUCUGGCGUGUGCUCGUUGGGUGUGGUUGAAAUGCCUUUACACGGCAGGCCAUGAGAGUGAGAACUGGGGUCUAGCCACCGCUGAAGAGUUUGAGCCCAUCCCUCGCUUUUGCAAACUAAUUUUAUCUGUCUAUGAGGAUGAUCUCCGUAACCCAAUGUGGGCACCUCCCGGAGGGUAUGGUAUGGAUCCUGAUUGGGUAAUCUUACGUAAAGGCUAUGAAGAAACACAUGGCCGAGUUCCUCCUUACAUUGUCUAUCUUGAUCAUGAUCAUUCUGAUAUAGUCUUGGUAGUUAGGGGACUCAAUAUGGCCAAGGAAAGUGAUUAUUUAGUUAUGCUUGAUAACAACCUUGGGCAGACAAAAUUUGAUGGUGGGUAUGUCCACAAUGGGUUAUUGAAGGCAGCAGAGUGGCUGUUUGAUACAGAGUAUGAGUUUUUGAGGGAAUUGGUAUUAAAAAAUCCAAAGUAUACCCUGACAUUUAUUGGACAUUCCCUGGGCUCUGGUGUGGUGGCAUUGAUGACUCUGGUAGCGCUUCAGAACAGAAGCAAAUUGGGAAUUGUUGAGAGGAAAAAGAUUAGAUGCUAUGCCACCGCUCCAGCUAGAUGUAUGUCAUUGAAUCUGGCCGUGAGAUAUGCAGAUGUUAUCAAUUCUAUUGUACUCCAGGACGAUUUCUUACCUCGGACAACAACUUCUUUAGCGGAUUUAUUCAAAUCACUUUUCUGUUUGCCAUGUUUACUGUGCAUAACGUGCUUGAAGGAUACAUGCACACUGGAAGAGAGGAUGUUCACAGAUCCAAGGAGACUCUAUGCACCUGGUCGGCUCUAUCACAUUGUUGAGCGGAAGCCCUUCAGAUUAGGAAGGUUUCCCCCAGUUGUGAGAACAGCAGUGCCUGUGGAUGGGAGGUUUGAGCAAGUAGUUCUUUCUUGCCAUGCUACUACUGACCACGGGAUAGUCUGGAUUGAGAGAGAAUCACAAAAGGCUUUUGAUAUAAUGGUGGACAGAGAUCGAAUAAUGGAUGUGCCGGCUAAGCAGAGGAUGGAGAGAGAAGAAUUCAUUGUUCGUGAACACAGCAAGGAGCAUGAGGCAGCACUUCGGAAAGCUAUAGCUUUGGAUAUCCCUCAUGCCUUCCCUACUUCACCAUAUGGAACAUUUACAUUGAGUGAAACGGAAGAGGCGGAGAACUCUGGCAAAUCCACUGGGGGGAGUCCCUCUGCGCCACUAAAGAAAAGGAGUGAAAGCUGGGAUGAUUUCGUAGAGCGGCUAUUUGAUGUGGAUGAGUCUGGUAACAUGAUGAUCAAGAAGUCAUGACAUAGCCCGCAAGACUAAUUUUUUGAUUCUUGUGAAGCAUGUCCUCUAUUGUGGUUAGUGGUUGUGCUUAAAUUAACUCUGAGGUGAGGCAGUACACCAAAAGUGAAGCUGUACUGUACAAAAGCUCAGUGAUUAAUAUAACGUCAAUAGAGAAAGAAAAUAGUAUACUGGCAUUUAGUGAUA